GGCGCCGUGGAAUCCAUCGCCAUGAAGAACCCCAAGGAACGGACGGCGUUGUUCGAGGAGAUCAGCCGGUCGGGAGAACUGGCGCAGGAAUACGACAAGCGGAAGAAGGAGAUGGUGAAAGCGGAGGAGGACACGCAAUUCAACUACCACCGCAAGAAAAACAUCGCCGCCGAGCGCAAAGAAGCCAAGCAGGAGAAAGAAGAGGCGGAUCGUUACCAGCGGUUGAAAGACGAAGUGGUGCGGGCUCAAGUGCAGCUCCAGCUUUUCAAGCUUUAUCAUAACGAAGCGGAGAUCGAAAAACUCAAUAAGGAAUUGGGGUUGAAAAACCGGGAGAUCGAUAAAGACAAAAAAAGGAUGGAUCGGGUGGAGGACGAGCUGAAACUGAAAGAGCGUAAGAAGGAGCUGGGCAAGAUGAUGAGGGAGCAACAACAGAUCGAGAAGGAGAUCAAGGAGAAAGAUUCGGAGCUCAACCAGAAGCGUCCCCAGUACAUCAAGGCGAAGGAGAACACCUCGCACAAGAUCAAGAAGCUGGAAGCGGCCAAGAAAUCGCUGCAGAACGCGCAAAAACAGUACAAGAAGCGGAAAGGAGACAUGGACGAGUUGGAGAAGGAGAUGCUGUCGGUGGAAAAAGCCCGGCAAGAAUUUGAGGAACGGAUGGAAGAGGAGAGCCAGAGCCAAGGACGCGACUUGACGUUGGAGGAGAACCAGGUGAAGAAAUACCACCGGCUGAAGGAGGAGGCCAGCAAACGUGCCGCCACGCUGGCCCAAGAGCUGGAGAAAUUCAACCGGGAUCAGAAAGCCGACCAGGAUCGGCUGGAUCUGGAGGAGAGGAAGAAA